AAUGAAUCGGAAAUGAUGUGGCCGUUUAUGACAAUGAAGCAUGCCCGCCUCUCAACGGCCUGUUUAGUAACUAAGGCUUUAUGUCGAUUGCAGUGGUGGUGUCGUCUGCGGUGACAAGAGGAGUGAAGCCAAAUUACGUGGAUUAUAUUUGAAAGUAUAUUACAAUCGUCGAUUCUUAUGGUCGUUUUCGUUAGAUAGUUUUUUAUUAGAUAGCGGAGAAGGAAAAAAAGCAAUGGAGCAGUAUUAAAUUGAAAAUGAAUCGUUCGGCGAAUCAAGAUGGCGGUGAGUAACAAGACGAAGAACUUGCAAGCGAUGAACAUCAGUUCGCUUUUCAGUCGUCUUCAGGGUGCAUUUUCGGAAGCCAUGGCACCGCCCAAAUUUGUUAUCGACCGUAGAACGAUUGAAAAAACUUGGAAAUUAAUGGACAAAGUGGUAAAGUUGUGUCAACAUUCAAAAAUGAACCUAAAAAAUAGUCCUCCCUUCAUAUUAGAUAUACUACCCGAUACUUAUCAACAUCUUAGACUGAUUUAUGUGAAACAUGAAGAUAAAAUGCACUUUUUAAAUGAAAAUGAAUACUUUAGGAUCUUUAUAGAAAAUCUAAAUCGCAAAUGUAAGCAGGCAAUCAAACUAUUCAAGGAAGGCAAAGAGAAAAUGUUCGAUGAAACCUCACAUUAUCGAAGAAAUCUAACUAAACUUAGUUUAGUUUUCAGCCACAUGCUUUCUGAACUUAAGGCGGUUUAUCCAAAUGGAAACUACGCGGGUGAUACUUUUCGCAUCACCAAGAGCGAUGCUGCCGAAUUCUGGAAAAAUUCUUUUGGUGACAGAACAAUUAUAACAUGGAGAUUAUUCCGGCAAACGCUACACCAAGUUCAUCCAAUCAGUUCUGGUUUAGAAGCAAUGGCUUUAAAAUCUACAAUAGAUUUGACAUGUAAUGAUUACAUAUCAAAUUUUGAAUUUGAUGUUUUUACAAGGUUAUUUCAACCCUGGUCAACAUUAUUACGAAACUGGCAGAUAUUAGCAGUAACUCAUCCAGGAUAUGUAGCAUUCCUUACAUAUGAUGAAGUGAAAGCAAGAUUACAGAAAUAUACAAAUAAGCCUGGAAGUUAUGUAUUUAGAUUAAGUUGCACAAGGUUAGGUCAAUGGGCUAUUGGCUAUGUUACUGCAGAUGGCAGUAUUCUACAAACCAUUCCUCAAAAUAAGUCUUUAUGUCAAGCUUUACUGGAUGGAUAUAGGGAAGGCUUUUAUCUAUAUCCUGAUGGAAGGAAUGUAAACCCAGAUCUUAGCUGGGCAGUACAAGCGACACCAGAGGACCAUAUCAGAGUUACUCAGGAACAAUAUGAACUAUAUUGUGAAAUGGGCUCAACUUUUCAGUUAUGUAAAAUAUGUGCUGAAAAUGAUAAAGAUAUUCGAAUUGAACCUUGUGGUCAUCUUUUAUGUACACCUUGUCUUACUUCGUGGCAGCAGGAUUCAGAAGGUCAAGGAUGUCCAUUUUGCCGAGCUGAAAUAAAAGGUACUGAACAAAUUGUUGUUGAUCCUUUUGAUCCUAGUGGAAGAACAAUCAGAAGAGAUGAUUCUCAAGGCUCAAAUACUACUAAUCUUGUUGAUUUGGAUGAUGAUGAAAACUUUGAGGAUCCAAAUACAUGGACUUCCUGUCUUCAAGCUUUGGCUCUUUCUCCAAGAUCAGAAACUGCUGAUGGAAGCAGGUCAAAUAGCAGAUCUCCAUUAGUUUCACCCCGUGCCUCACCACAAUCUACUCGUAGACCACCUAUUUCUGGGCCUCCUCCUGUUCCUCCACGGCGAGCAUCUCCAACAAAUACUCCUGGGUUAUCACCUGGUACUUCUCCAAGGUAUCAGUGUAACAUACACCGACAUAAAACACGAAAACUCUCAAUCAAAAAAUUCAGUUCAAAGCCAAAGAAAUAAUCAAAGCAAUUCAAUAAUAACAAUGCCAACAACCUCUUAUGGUACAUGGCCUAGAUCAUCUCCAACAAUCAAUAAUCCUCUUCAAGGAAAUAUGUCAUCAUCUCUUCCACCAUCAACAGCUGUUACUCCAUCA